UAAGUUCAAGAUCAAAUUUUCGCUUCCACUUCCAGAUUCGACAUUAUACUUCCAUUGCAGUUGCAUCCAGUUCGUUCCUCUUCAUUCCGACAUGAGUAUCAUAGUUGGUGGCGGAACUGGAUUUAUUGGAAGACACUUUGCUAAACUUGGAGCCAGCAAAGGUUAUAAAGUAAUCUCUGUGUCGAGAAAUGCGGGGCCAAAUCGUAUUACAUGGCAAGAUGUCUCUCGUUCUGGUCUCCCUGAAGACUGCAUCGCUGUUGUCAGCAUGUCUGGUGAACCCAUUCUGCAGCCAUUCAAAAAAUGGACUCCAGAUUUCAAGGAAAGGAUCAGAGCCAGUCGUGUGGACAAGACUCGUCUUUUGAGCGCAGCCAUUGCCCAGUCGUCAAAGCCUCCGAAAGUCUUUGUGUCCUUAUCAGGAGUCUCCUACUACAAACCACACCCGAACAAGGAGUACACAGAGGAGAGUCUUGUAGAGCCCUACGACUAUCUGUCUGAGCUGACCCGGGACUGGGAGCGGGCGGCUGCACUACCCGACACUGUCAGCACCAGAUCUGUCAUUGUGAGAACAGGAGUUGUGCUUGGAAAAGAUGGAGGUAUGGUUCAAAAUCUGAAGACUCCAUUUUAUCUUGGUGCGGGAGGACCAAUUGGGUCAGGAAAACAAUGGUUGCCAUGGAUACACGUUGAUGACAUGGUCGGCAUCAUCUUGUUUUCUGUGGAGAACGACAACGUGAAGGGUGUGCUCAACGGGACGGCGCCCGGAGUUGUGGCAAGUGGAGAGUUCACCAAGUCAUUUGCCUCUGCAAUGUGGCGCCCUCACUUGUUCCCCAUGCCGGCGUUCGUUGUAAACAACAUGUUCGGCUCCGAGGCAGGGAUUGUAAUGCUGGAAGGUCAGAAGGUGACGCCAAAACGCGCUUUAGAGUUGGGGUACAAGUUCAAAUAUCCAGACGUGACGUCGGCGUGUAAAGAGCUCGUCUCGUAAUCGUGUGUUUAAUUUAGUAUGUGUGUGUGUGUGUGUGUGUGUGUGUGUUGAGGUUUUGGCACUGUUGAAAAGUGUGUUUUUAAUAAUAUUUUCUUCUCUACCUUGAUGAAUGUUUUGCUGCACAAGACCUCAUUCUGCCAGUGGGGUUUUGUAAUUGUGUCUCCCUAAACCGAUGGAUAUUGCUGUUAUUUGAAAUGUUGAGAAAAUGUUAUUAAAGUGCUGUAUGUUCUAGGUACCCAAUUUCAGGUCUGAAUGACUCAUUCAUUUGAAACAUGAUACUGAGAGAGUAAGAUUCCUGCUUUUGUGUUGAUUUAGUAAGUUAAAAGAAGCAUUAAGAUGUACUACUGCUGUAUAUUUUUUAACAAAAAAUCUUCUUGUGGAUUUUGCUUACCAUACGAAACAGCUUCUUUGUUUCAUUUUUUUUUUCUUUUAUUGUUCUGUGGUUUUAUUAUGUAUACGGGUAUGUUGAAGACUUUGAUAUGUGAUUGAGAGAGAGAGAGAGAGAGAGAGAGAGAGAGAGAGAGAGAGAGAGAGAGAGAGGGAG